GUGAUAUUAGAAUAAGGUGGUGUUGAAACCACAAAAAAUGAUUUACUUUGUGUUUUUAUUAUUUUUGAUUUUUGACCCGCUGACAACAACGGCAUGCCCGCAGUACUACUACACCGUGCCUUGCCAACAACUAUACCAGCCAGCGGCAUACCAACGACCGUCAUUGACAACAGUACAACAAAUACAGCAGCCACCUCAACAACAACUGCAACAACAACAAGUCCAACAACAACCAGCUCAACAACAAUCAGCCCAACAACAACCAGCACAACAACAACCAGCACAACAACAACAAACCCAACAACAAAGCAUCCAGCCAAGGCGAGGCAACACUGAUGGCCUCCUAAAAUCAUUAUUGAAGUUACCAGCCGAUAUGGCGGGCAAUUUGUUGAAUGUGGAAAAAUUAUAG